AUGUGGAGGCUUUUAUUCUGUCUCUUUGUGACUUUGGCUGCAAGUGAGAGCACCAAUUAUGAACCCACCCUUAACCCCAAAAAAACAUACGAGUAUAAAUAUGAAGGAUUGGUGAACAUCGGCCGGGAUAUACCAGAUCUGGCUGAGUCAGGAGUGAAACUGCGAUGUAGUUUUAAAAUCACAGGUGUAUCGAUACAAACCUUUCUACUUCAGAUCGCCACUGUGACAUUUGAAGAGUUUAAUGGAAUCCCUCAUCAGAACUUAUUUAAAGCCUCACCUAGUCUCACUAUACGUUUAGCAGCUGAUCUUGCCAGACCUUUCACAUUUGAAUAUGCGAAAGGACAAGUGGUUGACAUUAAGGCGGCAUCUGAUGUUCCUAACACCAUUGUGAACAUUGUCCGGGGCAUUCUCAGCUUCCUGCAUGUUACUGUCAAAACCACGCGGCACAUUUAUGAGCUUGAUGAGGUGGGAAUCCAUGGUGUCUGCCACAGUGCCUACAUGCUUGAAGAGAGUGUAGAAGCUGAAGAACUGUAUGUGACCCGAAAUAUUGACAUUAGCAGGUGCAAACCAAAAGCAGAACUAUAUUCUGGAAUGGCACUAAUGCAAGAAAGUCAAAUCGGCAAAGAGAGAGGUCAAAAUGUUGCUGCAACCAUGAAAUAUGCGUAUACCAUAAAGUCUAAUGGAAAUGGUGGUCUCAUUACAAAAGCCUCCGCCCACGAAAGGCACUACUUCUCUCCAUUCAAUGUGAAGGGUGGCAACUUUAAACUGAAUGCCUUAUGGUACAUUGAGCUGCUUAAUGAAACAGAUAUUUCUGGGAAACCUAUUACAGGUCAGGUAAAAAGCAGAGGAAAUCUAAUGUACACGGCAGAGAAAGGUCUACUACCAAUGCCAGUUCUAUUGAUUAAUCUCACCAACCCAGUUCCCAAGAUCGCCGACUUGAUCAAAAGUCUGGCUCAAGCUAACAGUAACCAGAUAAACAGUGCUACAAGCUCUGAAUUUCUUAAUCUUAUUCAACUGCUUCGUGCGUCAACGUAUGACGAUCUAGAGCUGCUCUGGAAACAGCUAUCAGGAACUGAUGAGCAGAGGAGGUGGUUCCUGGACACAGUUGUUGAGGUGACAGAUGAAAGGGUGCUCAAAUUUCUAAAGAAUCGAUUAAAAGCUGGAGACAUUUCCUUAAAUGAGGCUGGUCAGGCACUUCUGGUGGCAUUCAAUCAUCUGUCUGCUGAACCUGAAUUAGUGGACAUAGCAAAGGAAUUUCUGACCAUUCCCUUUAGCAAAUCCCAUCCUCUGUUAUGGAACACUGUGGUCUUAUCAUACGGUUCUCUGGUAUACAGAGUCUGUGCUCGAGUAAACCCCUGCCCAAUCACCACAGUGCAGCCGUUGAUUGAUAUGGUCACUAAUGGACUCGCCAAAGGCAAUGAUGAAGACAUGGUGCUUGCUCUGAAAGCCUUGGGAAAUGCAGGUCAUCCUUUAAGCCUUAAGACCAUAAUGAAAUUUCUUCCUGGCUUUUCAAUCAAAGCAAAUACCCUCCCUGCUAGGGUUCAGAACGUAGCUGUGCAGUCCCUCCGACACCUUGGUAUGAGAGAUCCGCACAAUGUGCAAGACAUUGCUCUAACCAUAUUUGCACAGACAUCAGCGCCCGCCGAAACACGAAUGCUUGCUUCUUCGAUCUUACUGGAGACAAAGCCUCCUGUAGCUUUAAUCUCUGCCCUGACCGAGCUUCUGCUCCAGGAAUCAGAUCUACAAGUGGCAAGCUUCAUUUACUCACAACUCAAAGUGAUCUCAAUGUCACGCACCCCUGAUAAUCAUCAUCUCUCGACGACUUGUAGUAUUGCAGUGAAAAUACUUUCUAAGAAGCUUGGACGCCUGGGUUAUCGAUUUAGCAAGGCUCUACACUUUGAUUGGUUUCAUGAUGACUUUUUAAUGGGCACAGCCAACGAGUUUUAUUUGCUGAGAAAUGGUACAAGCAUGAUACCCACAGAAAUAAUCUCCAGCGGAAAGCUUUACUUCAUUGGCAGAAUGCUUAAAUUAUUUGAGCUCGGUGUUCGUGCAGAGGGCAUCAGAGAACUCUUUACAGACAUACCUGCCAUUUCUAAGGACUUUGGAGCCAAUGAUUUUGCAGCAAUAAUGAAAAUACUCUCAGAUUGGCAGUCCCAUUCUAAAGAUAAACCUCUCAUAUCUCUAUAUGCAAGAUUAUUGGGACAAGAAAUCUCCUUUGUAGAUUUAAAUCAAGAUAUUGUUCAAAAUAUUGUAAAGGCUGUCAGUCUUUCUGCAAGUAAAGAAAAUAAUGUCUGGAAUAUAAUUCAACAAAUACAAAAAGGACUAUUGUGGCACUGGACGAAACCAUACCUGUUAUUCGAAACCAGAUUCAUUCAGUCGACCUGUCUUGGCCUUCCAGUUGAAAUUAGCAAAUAUUUCUCAUCAUUAGCUGCUUUUACAGUAAACGCAAAAGCUAACAUAAACCCACCACCAAAAGAAAACCUACAGGAACUAAUAAAUGCAGAUAUUUCCAUGGAGACUGAAGGAUUUGUUGGAGCGACAAUGGAUUAUUUUGUUUACUAUGGAAUCAAUACAGAAAUCUUUCAAUCUGGAGCCCAGCUGAGUGGCAAAACAAUCAUGUCUUUGCCGUGGAAAGUUGGCUUGAAAAAGAACGUCAAAGAAAAGAAUCUUGAGGUCGUUUUUCCUCCCUGCAAAAAGGAAACAGAGCUCUUCAAAGUCAAAUCUGACGUAUAUGCUGUGUCAAGAAAUGUUGAAGAUCCACAGUCUACUAAAAUGUCUCCCAUAAUACCAGAGUCAAGCAAUUCUGAGGAAGGUCUUACUGCAAUUAGGAAAGACAUAAAGGGUUCCAAAGAAUAUCAGUUUGAAGAAUCUGAGAUAUAUCAUCCAAAACUGAGGUACUGUGCAGGAACGAGUGUUUAUGGAACUACGAUCUGUGCUGAACUGGAAGCUAAACGCAUCCAUAAGCCUAAAGAUUAUCCUCUUAAUUAUUUUUUGGGAUUCACCCAGUUUGUUUGUCAACUGGAACCGGUUAAGCCUGUUAAGCCAGUCGAAAAGAUCAAAAUUCAGAUCAACGUUGUUCCUCAUAAACACACAUCAAACAGCACUCGAAUGAACUUGGAAGUGUAUCAGGGUUUAGAUCCAGCUCCUGAUCCCGUGAUCACAGUAAAUGCGCUGGCGCUCAGUUCCAGUGCAAAGCCACUGGGUUACGAGGCUGCUGCCUAUUACACGCCAGGCUCACAGAAGGACGAUGUAGAACUGAUUGUUUCUGAGGUGGCUGAGGAAGCAAACUGGAAAAUAUGUGUGGAUGGCAGUAUUGAUAAGAUUCAAACUGCAGCAAAGACUCACUUUAAAUGGGGAGCUGAGUGUCAGUCUUAUGAAGUGGCAGCAAAGCUUUCUGCUACAGGCGUCAUCAGAUCAACAGCAACUGUAACUGCAGAAAUGAACUGGGGAGAAGUUCCUGCAUUCAUCCAAAUGAUGGGCAAAAGUGUUAGAGAGUACCUGCCAGGUUUGUCCUACGCCUGGGGAUUCAAUCAGAAACAUGAGAAAAAUAUUGAGAGAGAAAUCUCAGCUACACUUCUGGCCUCUGCACAUGAAGGAUUUGAUCUUAAAGUCAAAGUUCCAGAGCUAACUGUGCACCGUCAGGGAAUCCCUUCACCAUUUGAAAUGAUGGGAAUUGAAAUUACAGAAGAAAGUGUAUAACACAUCAAGUUUACGACAAUUAUUACAAUAAGACAUGAUUUUACACUGCAUAUCCAUUAACUGCUAUUGACGACAUCUACAUUGUGAAGCUGCUGUAAUUCCUAAAUUGUUUGUACAUUUGUAAAUUGAAUUCAG